ACAUACCACACACAAAUAUAUAUACACACAAAUUUAAAAAAUAUAUGGCACUAUACAAGUCAGAGAAGUGUAUCUCUCAAGCUGAGUAAUUAGUGGGGAUCAUUACAGGGCACAGUUCCUGCCUUAUUGCCCAGUACCAAGGGUGGUAUAUGGAGAUAUAGUUAAUUUCUAAUUGUUAAAUAAAAGAAGUCACGUGGGACAUUAGAAACAACUGAGCUAAAGUGAGGGGACAUGGAUUUUAGUCCUGGCUUUACCAGUAACCACAUAUGUGUGUUUGUGUAAGCCAUUUAACCUCUCUAAACCUCAGUCUCCUAAUCUUAUAACAGGGUUAUUUUGAGGAUUAAAUGAAAUGUGUAAGGGACUAUUUUAAUGAAGGAAUUACAAUUACUAUAAAUUGUUUACAUCGGUGAAAACUUCCUGAAGCCGCGGGCAUUUCAUUUCAAAAUGAGUGAGAUGUUGAGUGAAAAUUGGAUAAUGUUAAGCUGAGAGAGUCUUAGUGGGUAAGCAUUCCACAGGCAUACAGUUAUGCUCAUCUAUAGUUAAGAAAUUCUCUUAUUAGCAACAUAUUUAAUAGAAUGGUUUGCAGUUUCAAGGAGGCCUUUUAAGAAACUGACCCUUUUAUUCCUUGUAAAUGAUAAAAUGAAGUCAACCCCACCCCUAUUCCCACCCCACAUGUGUCUCUUCCUUCCUCUUAUAUAAGGACUGUUUUAAACUUGCUUAUGCAUACAUUUGAAGGAUAAUUUUUCCUAAUUUGUUUACAGGAAUUACAAGGACAAACUUGAUUCAGCUGUCUCCUCUUUGAUUCCCACAACUUCUGGAUCUAUCAAGGUGUUGUGUAUUUUAGAAAUUGAAGACAAGACCCUCCACCAGCAGAAAGAUUAGACUUGCUUUAUCCUGUGGUCUGGAACCGAACCCACAAGACCUCUGAGGUGCACUUUAUGAUUGGCCAUAACAGCAAAGGCUGCUCACAUUAAAGGAGUUCCUCUUGCUUUCUUUUAUGAAACUGAGCUUGCUUAAUCAGAGAUGGAGCAAACAGACUGCAAACCCUACCAGCCUCUGUCUAAAGUCAAGCAUGAAAUGGAUUUAGCCUAUACCAGUUCUUCUGAUGAGAGUGAAGAUGGAAGAAAACCAAGACAGUCAUACAACUCCAGAGAAACUCUGCAUGAGUAUAACCAAGAGAUGAGGAUGAAUUACAAUAGCCAGAGCAGAAAGAGGAAAGAAGUAGAGAAAGCUACUCAAGAGAUGGAAUUCUGUGAAACUCCUCACAAUCUCUGCUCUGGCUACCAGACUGAUGUGCACAGUGUUUCUCGACAUGGCUACCAGUUAGAGAUGGGAUCUGAUGUGGACACAGAGACAGAAGGCGCUGCCUCACCUGACCAUGCACUGAGAAUGUGGAUAAGGGGGAUGAAGUCAGAGCAUAGUUCCUGUUUGUCCAGCCGGGCCAACUCUGCAUUGUCCUUGACUGACACUGACCAUGAAAGGAAGUCUGACGGGGACAAUGGUUUUAAAUUCUCCCCUGUUUGUUGUGACAUGGAGGCUCAAGCUGGGUCUACUAAAGGCAAGUGUUUCCAGAUAUUUGACCACUAAUUAUUUUCAUCUCGGCCCAUCCCUGACACCUACCACUCAGCAUGGAACCCUGCCCCUCUGACAAACACCACACAGGCCUAGCUAAUUUACCUGUCAAAGAUUAGUCCCUUGGCAGUUUACUGGUUUGCUUUCCUCUAGAAAACUUCAUGUGUGUGUAUUGGUGAUGAAGAGGAGGUGAAGUGGGUGGGUGAUGGGGAAAUGACAAACAAGAUUUAAAGUGGGAGAG